AUGAGAAUGAAUGAAUUAUCUCCAGCGGAAAUUUAUGCGAAGAUUGGUCUAAGAGCGCCACCUCUCCCUUGGCACUUGCAAAUCGAGUACUCUCGGUCAACGAAAUCGAAAUACUCCUUCGAAGAGUUCAACUCCCAGCAGCACAAAACGAGGCUUCAAACUUUCCAGCGACGAACUGGUGUCGUCCAUGAUGCAUCGGCGGUGAAAUCGCAAGUUAAACAUGUGCGACGAACUCGGAGUGCGGAUAAAUCCAGGUCAAGGCAAAAUGGAGAAGUUGAGGAAGAAGAUGAGUCGGAUUUUGUGGACUCCUGGCGUUUUAACACUGCUCAAAAGGAAAUCGGCGAAGAAGAAGAAAGGCUUUUCUUAUUGCAACGAGCGGAAAUCGAGUUCUUAGAGUACAGAAAGUGCCAAAGCCUAACCGCUUCUCCAGCUCAUACCCAUAAUGGCUUAGAAUGCUCGACGCCGAGAAAUAACUCAAUAGGAACCGAAACGGUUCAGAAACCGAAGAAACGUGGCCCACUGAACUUUCGUCCAUUCAAAAAAAGCGUUCGAAAGCAGCAGCUUUGUUGA